AUGUUCACUUCAAAACUGAUGUUCAACAUGUUUCCUUUUCUACAGGGCCACAUCCCAGAGUCUCUGAACAUUCCCUUGUAUGACCUCAUUGAGGGGUGGUCCCCUUUCAAGAUAGGGAAGAGGCUCAGUUUCCUCAUGUUUGGCAAGAUUGAUGGUACUGAGAUGCAAGAAGACUUCCUGAAUGUGUGUGCUGACAUGUGUGAUCCUGAGAAGGGCAUCACACUGGUGUGUGGUGUUGGGUUCACCUCUCCAGAAAAUCCGGGGGAUUUUGCAGGAUUUGCAACCAGGUGGGAGUGCUCUCAAAAUCGUGCCCGAAUCCACCCUCCAGUCGAAAAUGCAUGGCGAAUUCUUGCAUCAGCGAUCAUGCAAUUGCUGCGUCACCUGACUCCUGAGAGAUCAGCAGCGUCGGGACCUGGAUAG